CAUUAUUCUCUCUCUCUCUCUCUCUAUCUCUCUCUCUUUGUGUUAAGAUAAAGAUGGAAUGCUUCGUGGUUACAGAGGUCAGCCAUCCCCAAACUAAGAUUAGGAGUACAGUUGGCGUUACCAUGAGUGCUUCGUCGCGUCUCCUCGCUGCCUGUACAUGUCUUCUGGUUGGCGUCCUGGCCAGGUACGACCCAUCAUGGGAUUCCUUAGACACCAGACCUCUUCCGCAAUGGUACGAUGAUGCUAAAAUUGGGAUCUUUAUUCACUGGGGUGUCUUUUCUGUCCCUUCCUUCGGUUCGGAAUGGUUCUGGGAACUCUGGAAGAAGGCUGAAAACCCUUACUACGUCAACUUCAUGAAAGAGAACUAUCCUCCCAACUUCUCCUAUCAAGACUUCGCAUCCCAGUUCACAGCAGAGUUCUUUGACCCAGAAGAAUGGACGGAGGUUUUCAAUGCUUCAGGGGCUCAGUACAUCGUGCUUACCAGCAAGCAUGUUGAAGGCUACACUCUUUGGCCUUCAUCAAAUUCUUGGAACUGGAAUAGUAUGGAUGUUGGGCCAAAUCGAGAUUUGGUCGGUGAUUUGGUCAGUACACUGAGAAGAAAAGCUCCUCAUAUCCACUUCGGCCUGUAUCACUCGCUCUACGAGUGGUUCAAUCCUCUAUACCUGGAAGAUAAAGCCAAUCUGUUCCAAACCAACGACUUUGUCGUCUCGAAAACGUUGCCCGAACUCUAUGACAUUGUCAAUACCUACAGACCCGAAAUCAUUUGGUCCGAUGGUGACGCCGAGGCUCCGGACUGGUAUUGGAACACGACGAUUUUCCUGGCAUGGCUCUUCAACGACUCUCCCGUCAAGGAGACGGUGGUUGUCAACGACCGUUGGGGCAUGGAUAUCCACUGCCACCAUGGCUCUUUCUACACCUGUCACGACAAAUACAACCCAGGUACAGUGCAACCAUUCAAGUGGGAGAACUGUAUGCCAAUGGACAAGGGGUCUUGGGGUUACAGGAGAAACGCACCUCUCACUGACUACCUAACCAUUCAGGAAAUCAUCACACAAGUGGCUGAGACGAUCAGCUGUGGAGGAAACAUCCUACUCAACAUAGGACCGACGAGGGACGGCCGUCUCCCGCCCAUCAUGGAAGAGAGACUGAGGCAACUCGGGGCGUGGCUUGGGACGAACGGGGGCGCCAUCUACGGGUCCCGCCCUUGGGUGCACCAGAAUGACUCCGUGACUCCGGGUGUUUGGUUUACUGCCAAACCGGGAGUGACUUACGCCAUAGUCCUCAGCUGGCCUAAGAAUCACAGCCUGCUUCUGGCGUCUGUUGCACCAACUGAACGCACCAAGAUUUUCCUCUACGGUUAUGACGACAUGCUGGAGUUCAAGCCUGGUUCGAAAGGGAUGACCGUCGUCUUCCCAGACAUGGCGGAGGUUAAAGGCCAAUGGGCCUGGGUGCUGAAAAUGACAGGGGUCAAUCCUGCGGCGCCACGGCGCUGACAAAGCUGAAUGUGGUCCCAGUCAUCUUUGUGUGAACAUAAUAAAUUGAAGUCAUAAAAGUCUAAA